UUGGGCCUGGUUCGGGGUGAUCCCAUCGGGUGUUCAACCGUGCACGAUAUUGCUUGAUCAGCUUCCUACGCUCUGUUUUUAAGCCCUUUGUUCGUGAACAACCAAUUACGCGACUUCAUUGCUCUUUAUUUUGAAUUUGCGCCUCAAAACGCCUGAAUGUGCUGUUAACAGUUGUAGGCACUUCGCUGGGAAGGAUUUGUUCCUUGCUGAAGGCUUGUUACUGUGAUUGUUGCAGGUCAUCCAGAUGGUGCCCCGAAUACCUUGGGACAGUGCUGCCGGAUUUUGUGUCUAUGUUCUUGUGCACUGUUUCAUUUAGCAGGUUGACGGACAUGUUAGUGAUAUCCUCUUAGCCCUAUCAAUAUAUUCAUUGGUCGUGCUAUGUUGUAGUGGAAACCCGGUGAAAUUUGUGCUAUAAUUUGAUAGAGAAGUGAUUUUUUCUCUGAGUGUUCAUUGGCAGUCCAAUCUGGUCGUCAAUUCCCUUCCUUUAGAGGAACAAAUCUCUGAUUAACUAAGCAAGAUUUUUGAUCCCAUUGAAUCAAGAAGACACAGGAUUUCUAUCACAGUUCAUCAACCGAACCUGUCACUCCGACAAUCCCAACAAUUUGUUGAUAAUAGCUAAUUCUAAACCUUUUGGAGCAAGGUUUGCAAUAGAAUUAGAGAGCUGAUGAACUGCUAGACUUUAGAAAUGUGAUUAUCAUCUUAGAUUUAUUUUGAAGGUACAUAAAGCUUGGUGUUUCCGGUUCGAAAGGGUCCCGUAUCACCCUUGAACUUGGAUAGUUGAUGAGCGGCCGAGAACGUUCUCAUGUGCACUUGGUACUGUCCAGGAAGUUAUUGUGAUGAUCCAACUGUUGUAAUGUCUUUUGAAGCUGCUGUGCAACUUCGCCUAGAAUUGUAAUUACUGCCAAUUUGCAGCUGUCAUGAGGUGUUAAAGAAAUAGGUCCUUUCUCGACAGGAUUUUGAUUAAGGAUUAGAAUCUUCCACAAUCAUAAAAAUGUUCAAAAUUGGAUUUUCCUCUCGAACCGUGGACCGCUCUACUGUAACGUCGUUAACUUCGAAUCAAGGUUGAAUUUCUUCACGCGAGUAGAUCCUGUCUCAAAUAAGAUUUCUAGUGCUGUCACCUGUUAGAUUGAACAUCAAGUACAGAGGUUGGAGUUUGAUGUGACAUCUACUAGAGCUAUGUUUCAGGUAGUUCGAGGAUUGCAAGUCCUGCAUCAUGCAAAGAAAUCUCCAUGCUUCUGCAGGAGUGUGUACUUUCAGGGGCAUGGGUGGAUCAUCAGCGCUUCGGAUGUUAGCUAGGGACAUCCACUUAACCUUUUUGAAGUAUGCAACAGUUAAGCUUGCCAUUGACGACCAAACACCAAAGCCUCGCUCGAUUGACCGAGUACGCUGGGAACUGAGGCGAAGUGGUACAGUUCAAUGGCAGUAUAGAAAUUCAUAACGUCCGCGUUGGGACAAUUUUUUAGUUUUAUUUCAGGACUCGCUCAUUCAAAAUGGCAGUAGCAUGGAUACCAGACGACAAAUUCAUAAAGGGAUGCAUCGCCUUUGUGAUAUGGUGGCUGUUGGCAGUCUUCCCAGCGUUCCCUCUCUUGCCAGUCGGACGAACUGCAGGCUCUGUAGUGGGCGCAGCUCUAAUGGUCUUGCUUGGAGUUAUAUCCCCAGAUGAUGCCUUCAACGCAGUGAAUAUCUCCAUUCUUGGCCUCCUGUUUGCCACUAUGGUCAUAAGUGUUUUCAUGGAACGAGCAAAAGCAUUUGAUUGUUUGACACUGUUGCUCUCAUGGAGAACUCAGGGAGGUGUAGACCUUCUCUGUAGGGUGUGUUUGGUGGCUGCUGUCUCAAGUGCCGUGUUCACAAAUGACAGCACAUGUGUUGUCCUCACUAGUUUUGUACUCAAGCUUUGUAGAAAAAAAAAUCUCAACCCCAAGCCGUUUCUCAUCGCCCUUGCUUGUAGCGCUAAUAUCGGUUCUGCUGCUACUCCCAUUGGCAACCCGCAGAAUCUCGUCAUUGCAGUUCAAGGUAAGCUUGGGUUUGGGCAAUUCGUUCUUGGGGUGCUCCCUGCAGUAACGGUUGGGUUUGCGCUCAACACGCUCGGGUUACUGCUAAUCUAUGGGCGUUCUCUAUCAUUAAAACCAUGUGAGGGCUUUGGGGAAAGCAUAUACAGCACGGAUGAGGGCGACCCGGAGACGAGGCUCCUUCGGCCAUCUCGAAGCUUAGAUAUCGAAAGUGGUGAUGGGCCUGAAGAAUGUACAGCAGGAGAGGAUAUUUCUGGGGGUUCAGGAUUCAAAAUCUCUAGGAGAGCGAAGAAGUUCCUGGAAGAGCAUCGGAAAGUCAUAGGGAAAUCUCUUUUCUUUCUGUCCAUAGUUUCAGUUUGGAUACUCGGCGCAACGCUGCAAGUCUUUGAAUCGGGGGUGGGCCUCCCUUGGACUGCAAUUACGGCUGCCAUGGUGCUGACGGUUGUAGAUUUCUCAGAUGCCACUGUCACUCUGGAUAAGGUCUCCUAUUCUAUCCUGGUUUUCUUCUCUGGAAUGUUCAUAACUGUAGAAGCCUUCAAUAGAACUGGAGCUCCCGCACAGUUCUGGUCGGCAGUGGAGCCAUACUCUCGAAUUGAUAGCAAAGGAGGCAUGGUCAUCCUCUCGAUUGUUGUCACUUUUCUCUCGAAUGUGGCAUCUAACGUUCCAACAGUGUUGCUACUGGGCCCUAAAAUUGCAGCAUCUGCAGUGGCAACCUCUGGGGCAAGGCCUGAUGAAGCAUGGUUGCUUCUGGCAUGGGUGAGCACGGUUGCUGGAAACUUGACGCUGGUAGGUUCGGCAGCUAAUAUCAUUGUUUGUGAGAAAGCAAGAUGUGAACCUAGAAUUAGCUACAAUCUCUCAUUUCUUGAACACUUGAAGUAUGGGUUUCUCUCAACUUUAGUUAUCAUUAUUGUUGGACUGCCUUGUGUAAAUCUAUUCUAGGUGUUGCAAAACAGACGAUACAUCUUGAAACGUCUAGUGAUUGAUGAAUAUGCUGAACAAGUUACCCAUUUGAUUGAUGAAAAUUGAGAUCCAAUUCUAUCCACGCAUUUGUAACAUCAGAAGUGAAAAUGGGAAAAUUAAUUUGUUUAUCUA